AUGCAAAUAUCGACAAUUGGAUUCAACGGAAAUCCCAUGCAGCUGGAGGCAAGCACAACGCCUUACCAGAUGUCCGAUCGGACCACCCGCCUUAAGAAGCGACCCAAAGAAAGAAUCAAAGAAGGCGAAGACGAUAGUUUCAAGAAGAAACCUGAUCUCAGGUGCCACCGGUUCACUCAUUACCGCUGGAAGGAGCCAUGUAUUCAGUGCGACAAGGUGCUGCCUACAGCGGGUGCCUUCAGGUUACACACCUGUCUCGAUGGACGACCUACAAAAGAGCAGAUAGGCAACCGGGAAGAGCUUAUUGAGGUCAAGCUUGGUAUUCGCAUAGAAUAUGCAUCUAUAAACACUGUCUCUUCCGAAGCUUUGACAGCCCAAGAUGCAAAUCAGUUCGGCACCCAGAACAACACCUCGAUUCACACCGCGAACUGUGUCUCAAAGGACGUCCAAUGCAGCCUGAGCAAUGCGCCGAACGGCGAUCCUACCGAUAUCCCGAGCGAUGUCCCGAGCAAUGUCCCGAGCGAUGUCCCGAGCAAUAUUCUCGACUGCGUCCCGAUGCGCGACCCGAGUGGCGUUCGUACGAACCCCAUCCUAGUGCACAACAUGAACAACGCAAACAUCCAAUAA